AACAAAGCCACUCGUGCCACUGCAUGCAUGCACACGAGCGGUUGUGAGCUGCUUGCUCAGCUUGGGAAGCUACCCCACUCAUGACGCAACGCACUGCAGUGAAAACCCCGGAACUUACCCCGGCUGCCCUGCCUCGACACAGCCCGCUCACAUAACGACUGCAUACAUAGGUCAGGCAGUUACCAGGGGAUUCGAGCUGACCUUUGUCGACUCCCGGUCUGGCAAUUGUUUGUUUUUUUUCACCCGACAACAUUCGGCUUGUGGAGGGCCAGCACCGACUCAAACAUUCGGAAACACUCAAGAGAGUUGCAACUACCCCUCCACUCUCUAGUCUCGGUCGAAGAACCAUCACACAUGAUCAUAGUGCAAAAAUUAAAUUGAACCACAACUCAAAAAAAAUUAUAUAUAAAACUCGAAACGACUUCAUAAUGGAGUCAUUCAAUCUCCUCAGGCGCCGCACCACCGAGUUGUUCAACUCCAUGCCCGCCGUCCCGGCGAUGCCGUCGAUGCCCUCGUUGGGCAACCGUAAAGGCGGCGGCAUGAAAGGAACCUGGGAAAAGCUCGAGAUCCCGCCGCUUCCGCGGUCGUCUCAUUCGGCCGACAUCGUGGCCGGGACCGUCUACAUUUUCGGCGGCGAGGUCGAGCCCCGCCGUCCCGUCGACAACGACAUGCACGCCAUCACGCUGCCGUCGAGCGGCGCCCAGGCCGACUACUACGCUAUCAAGGCCAAGUCGGCCAAUCCCUCAGCCCGCGCCGGGAACCUCGCCGUCCCUACCGUGAAGGAGCCCGAGCCCUCCGACUCCGGCUCCGACGAAGAGGAAGACGACGAGGAAGACGACGACGAAGAAGACGACGAAGACGACUCCGAAGAAGACUCGGACGAAGAGUCCGACGAAGAAGAAGAAGACGACGACGACAAGGAGCUAUCCGAGGUCCCGCUUACCACGCCCUCCGCGGCCGCCGCCACCAAGGAGGCCAAGGGCAAAUCCAUCGCCCCCGCCCCCGCGCACCCGGCGGCCCUCCCGGACGUGCCCGCCCCGCGCGUCGGGCACGCCACCGCGGUAAUCGGCCACCGGAUCUUCCUCUUCGGCGGGCGCGGCGGGCCCGACAUGCGGCCCCUCGACGAAGGCGGCCGGGUGUGGGUCUUCGACACGCGCACGCACCUGUGGUCCUUCCUGGACCCAUCCCCCGCCGCCGCCGGCCUACCCGACGGCACCCCGCGCCCCGCCCCGCGCAGCUACCACGCCGCGGUGGCCACCGCCAAGCCGGACACCUUCGCACAACCCACGCGCCCGCGCGCGCAGAGCACCAAGGCCGAGGCCUGGCGCGACUGGGCGCUGGGCACGUCGGCCGACGCCGAGCACACCCACGGCACGCCGCAGCGGCCCGUGGUGGGGGUGCUGGCGGAGCGCGCGACGGAUGCCGAUGCCGACGGCUAUGGCACGCUGAUUAUUCAUGGCGGCUGCCUGGCGGAGAGCGAGGGCCGCGCUGCUGAUGUGUGGGCGUUCGAUGUGCGCUCGCGCGUGUGGCAGCGCCUGCCGGAUGCGCCCGGGGCCGGGCGGGGUGGGGCCGCGCUGGCGCUGGGUGGCGGUGGUGGUGGGCGGUUGUAUAGGUUUGGCGGGUUUGAUGGGGAGUCGCAGGCCGGUGGCCAGCUGGAUUUUCUCGAGCUGGGCGUGGAUGCCUUUGACGACCAGGUCAGUCGCGGCGAGGCGGUGCUGUGCGCGCGCGGCCGCGGCGGGUGGAAGAGCCUGCUGUUUUAUGGGAACGAGGAUGUUGGUUACAAGGAGGUCGACGCCGCGCUGCGGCCGCUGCAGUCCCAGCACGGCGGCGAGGGCGCCUGGCCGGGCAACCGCAGCGUGGCGGCCAUGGAGGCGGUGACGGUCGGCGGCGGGCGCGAGUAUCUCGUGCUGAUGUUUGGCGAGCGCGAGGCGUCGGGCGCGGGCCACGAGGCGGCGGGCAGGUUCUGGGACGACGUGUGGGCCUUCCAGGUGCCGUCCGAGGGCAUGUCGCUGGCGAGCGUGGCGGAUACCGCCUUUUCCGUCGUGGGGAGGAAGAACGGGGAGGGGUCGUGGACCAAGGUUGAGACGGGCCCGCAUGACGACGAGGACGAUGCCUCGGCCGAGGGGCCCGGGCCGCGGGGGUGGGUUGCCAGUGCGACCAUGGGUGAGCUUGAGAACGGCAUCGUUGUGUUUGGAGGCCUGAAUGAGGGGAACCGGCGGCUUGGGGAUGGCUGGAUCCUGAGACUGGGUUGAUUUCUUGGCCAAGCCUAGGGCCGACGGCUUGUUAUGACUGACGAUGCGUGUUUGGUGGAAGAAGUGUGUUGGUUAAUAUGGAUACGCGGCGUUGGCGGCCGAGGGGUUUUUUGAUUUGUUGUUUGAGAUGAACCUGAUGACGAAAUUUAGAAAAAGCGACCUUUAGGGGGUAGCAACCAGCUUGCAGUUACCUAACAGUUAGUCUAAGAGCAGCAGUUGAAUUCGGUCCGUUGUCACAGAUCUGC